UCCUUUCCCAGCAUCACCCAGAUUUCUAGACCAUACUUCACCCAUUCAGAGAUCUCACAUUUACUCCGUCAAACUGUUGAUGAUGCCCAUUCUGCUCUGUAUGGUUCGACAAAGAUGAGGGUAUUCCAAUUUUCGUUUCAUAUUAUCAAACAGUUGAAAUUUCCCUUGCGAGUGUUAUCUACCACGAUGAACUACUAUCAACGAUUCUAUCUUUUCAACAGGUUCCAAGCUUCAGAAGAGGCUCAGGAUAUCGGCGACUUGGAACGUGAUCCGUUCAUGGUCGCUGUGGCGUGCCUCUUUUUGGCUGCCAAAAACGAAGACUGUAUCAAGAAACUCAAAGAGAUCCAGUCUGUAGCAAAUAAGUUGAGAGAUAUCGAUGACACCCAGAGGAUCUCCUCUUCCACCGUAGCUGACCUUCAACGGCGUGCUGUGAUGUCGCUUGAGUUCAAGUUGCUUCAAAUCAUCAAGUUCGACUUCAACAACGGCGCUACCGUAUCGAUCAAGUCCCUGGACCAAUUAGUGACUCAGUUCUGUAAGAAGUUGAAUAUCAACUACCGACUUUCUCUCUUCAGCUGGCUUAUCAACUUCGACCUCAUGUCGCUGCCGUUGUGCCUUGUGAUUCCGCCUCAUUGUAUCGCACUAGCAAUUAUCAUCAUCAAUGAGGAAAGCGACGAGGAGCUUAAUGCAAAAUUGGACUCAUUUGAUUGCUAUGUUGACUUUAGGUGUCCCGAGCUGUUGGUCAAUGAAGGUAUUCUCUAUGUCUUGGACUACUAUAUCCACCUGUACCAGCAUUCUAUCCUCAACCAAUAUUUGCCGGCAAUAGAUCGUGAAACAGGAAAGGAGCAGAUAUUCAAGUUCAUGGAGUUCAAGUCCCGUUUCAAUGAUCUAAAAACCUUGAACGAACACAGCACAGCAACAAGACCACUUCUCCAGCAAGAUAAGUACCUUCAGCCUUGGGACUACUCUAUAGCAACCAAGGGAACAGCCAGAUUUAUGCCUGGAAACAAACGUAGAAGAUUCUCGAGAGAGUCAGGAAAACCCCGUCAGAUGUCUAACUCAUAAAUGUAAUUACAAACAUAUUAAGUUGUAUAUAAAUGUUAGUUGUAUUCUAUAUGGAUGAGUAUCACGUACUCGGUAUGGUAGAUUUUGUAUAGUACAAGAUAUAUUGAGUACGUAUGUUAUAGACUAUGAAGAGUUCUGUAUACUUUAAGCAAUCACCUCUUA